AUGCUUAGAAAAGAAGUGCAAUUAUUGAUAGCCGUGGGAGGAAUUUACUUCUGCUAUUUCAAAGUGGGUCUCAUUCAGGAGCAUUUAUUCAAGAGCAAUUUAGGUACUAUGGAUUUUCCAUCUCCGAAAUUUGAGUUUUCGUCAGUGCUGAUCUUUUUGCAGAUGCUAAUAUACAAUUUAUUGUGUUUGGCGAUGAUUUUGAAAAAUAAGAUCAGUUUUGUUUGCACAAUAAAGGAGGGAGCUUAUUUAGGAUUGUUAAACUUUUCAUCGAUGAUUGGUGCAUUGACAGCAUUAUAGUAUGUGACUGCAAGUACAUAUUCCUCAUAAUUAUAAUUGAAUCCUGUCUGUAUUGGUAGUUGGAUUGGUUUUGGGCAACCAGAAAUUCACAAAGUAGCAAAUACUGUGUGGGUUGAUCAUCACUGUGGGAAUCUAUGCAUUUAACACUUCCUCGAUUUUCGGAAUUGUUUUAUUAAUAACUUCUUUGUUCUCCGAUGGGUGUCUAGCAACUUUGUAGAGCAAAUUUAAAGUGAAGAAAUUGGAACAAUGGGAAAUGGGAUUCCACAUUAGUCUCUGGAGUUUUAUAGGCUCAAUUAUCUACACACUGAUACAAGGCAAGUUCAUUCAGUUCUUGAGUUACAUUCAAUCAUACCCACAAGUUAUUCCAGAAAUACUGUUUUUGACCAUCUACUCUGUGUUGGGCCAAGUGUUCAUCUUCUAUUGCAUAAGUUGCUUCUCUCCACGAGUGUUAAGUGUAGUAACGACAACAAGAAAGUUCUUCACUGUCCUCUUGUCUAUUAUGAAUUCACAAUCACGAGUUUGGUUGCCUUGGGAGUGGCAUGGGAAUUAUUUAUGGGAAUGAGUUCCAGAAUCCCAGCUGAGAAGAAGAAGGGUUCAUAUAUCAAGGUUCCUUAUGAAGAUGAGAAGAAGGAAGAAGAAACCAAUGGACAUCAUAAUAAGGAGCAUAAAAAUGAUCACAAACACAAUCAUAACCAUUGAUAGCCUCACAUUAUAAUUGUAAUUAUAUAUUUUAUCAA